CCCCCCCCAUGAGACUCUGCCUGGCCUGGCUGGGCUGCCUCGCCGUCUCGCUGUGGCUGCUGAGGAGGAGGAUGUGGUCUGGCCCCGCGCGCUACCUCCGGAGCCCUUUAUCCCGCUCUCUCUACGCGAACAUGAUGAGCGGCCCCGGGCAGGCGGCGCCGGGCGACAAGGAGAACCAGCAGUGGUAUCUGUGCAAUACGGAACAGUUGUAUGAAGCCCUUCAGCCUGUCUUUAUCCAGAGUUACCUGGACCAAGGGACGCGGAUCUUUUUAAACAAUAGUAUUGAGAAAUCUGGCUGGUUAUUCAUUCAACUUUAUCACUCCUUUGUAUCCUCCGUUUUUAGCCUGUUCAUGUCCAGGACGUCUAUCAAUGGCUUGCUGGAAAGAGGUUCCAUGUUUGUGUUUUCACCUGAACAAUUUCAGAGACUGCUCAAAAUCAACCCAGACUGGAAGUCGCGUCGGCUUCUCGAUUUAGGAGCCGGAGAUGGUGAAGUCACCAAAGUCAUGAGUCCCCACUUUGAAGAAACGUACGUGACCGAGUUGUCUGAGACCAUGAUUUGGCAGCUUCAAAAGAAGAAAUACAGGGUGCUUGGCAUCAAUGAAUGGCAGAAUACGGGAUUCCAGUAUGACGUCAUCAGUUGCUUGAACUUGCUGGAUCGCUGCGACCAGCCACUGACGGUCUUAAAAGAUAUCAGGAGCGUGCUGGAACCGACGAGAGGCCGAGUCAUCCUGGCACUAGUUUUGCCUUUUCAUCCCUAUGUGGAAAAUGUAGGUGGCAAGUGGGAUAAACCCUCCGAAAUUUUGGACAUCAAAGGACAGACGUGGGAGGAGCAGGUGAACAGCUUGCCGGAGGUUCUCAAGAAAGCCGGCUUCGCCAUCGAAGCCUUCACCAGACUACCCUACUUGUGUGAAGGCGACAUGUACAACGACUAUUACGUCCUGGACGACGCGGUCUUCAUCCUCAGACCCAUCUGAAUCGGGUCCCGGGGUGUCCGGCCGGAAGCCACCAGCAAACGGAAACGUUUCGAUUCUUCGUCUGGGUUUGGGUUCUUGUUGAUUUGGGUGGUUUUCGUUUUGAAUUUAUGAUCCCUUCCCGGCGGAGGAAGGGGUUUUUUUUGUGGUUGUCUAAUCUCCGUGGACUUCUUGAACU